AUGGCGACGAAAGCUAUUCCAAGGGCUUCGUUGGAUUUCCCCACUUUCUCAAUCAAAGCCUCCGUUACCAAUUCAAUGCCAAACGCGUCGAAUAUUCGUUCUCCCAAAUGGGUUUCUCUCAAAAUCAAUUGCCCUUUUUCUUCACGCCCGUCGCGUGCCCAGAUCAAGUCGAAAUGCAGCAACGGAAGUCAAGUGAUAGAGUGCAAAGGGGUAUUCAGUAAGGAAGAAAGUGACACAAAACCAAACGAAGAACUUCGAAGGAAGAAGAUGGCGGUUUUUGUCUCCGGCGGAGGCUCCAAUUUCCGGUCAAUUCACCGGGCGGCUCUCGACGGGUCCGUUCAUGGUGACAUCGUCGUUUUAGUGACUAAUAAACCUGAUUGUGGUGGUGCGGAGUAUGCUCGUGAUAAUGGAAUUCCAGUUAUUGUUUUCCCGAGAAGGAAAGACGGGCAAGAGGUUUUUUCGGCGAAAGACCUUGUAGUUGCACUAAGAUCAUACGAUGUUGACUUCAUUCUUUUAGCCGGUUAUCUUAAACUAAUUCCACUGGAGUUGGUUCAAGCGUAUCCCAAAUCCAUAUUGAACAUUCACCCUUCACUUCUUCCAGCGUUUGGGGGGAAAGGGUAUUACGGUAUAAAGGUGCAUAAAGCUGUCAUUGCUUCUGGAGCAAGGUAUUCAGGUCCUACAAUUCAUUAUGUUGAUGAGCAAUAUGACACGGGUCGUAUUCUUGCACAAAGGGUAGUUCGUGUGCUUGCUAACGAUACAGCCGAGGACUUAGCUGCAAGGGUUCUUCAUGAGGAGCACGAAUUGUACGUGGAGGUAGCAGCUGCCUUGUGUGAGGAACGAAUUGUGUGGCGUGAAGAUGGUGUUCCUGUCAUCCAGAGCAAAGAAAAUCCGAACAACUAUUUUUGA